CUUACGCCUUUUAUGGAAGGAGCUUUCUUUGUUCCGUCGUCAUCAUCCGCGUUCAGUAAAGUGCCAAUACAGUUCCAUUUUCCUCUCUAAUUCUAACUCCGUAUCCAACUCAUAGAUACACGCGCGUAUACGAGUGUUGCUACGACGCUAUACGUGCAGCUCUACUUGCAUGCCAUGAUUGAAUAGGAGCAGUAAUCGAUUAUCAGCAAUCGAACUAUGGGUUUAUGUUUCUCACGCGGAGACAGAUCCACUCCGAGGAGAAGACCGUCUAAGCGAAUCACAAACCACUCAGCGGCGGCGGAUGGAGGCGUCGGGAGCAAGCGGUGGACGAGGAUUCGGUCGUCGAGGAAGGAGGAGAAUCUAAUUCACGAGCGGGCGCUGGCGGCGGCGAUUCUCUUCCAGCAGCAGCUGCAGAACGGCGGCGUCGGAACGGCGCCGUUUGAUAGGUCGACGUCUUUGAGGUAUCCGACUGGGAACUCGAAGAAGAAUCAGGCUUUGCCUCGGAGCUCGAGCUCCAGAGCGCGCUCGCUCACUGAUCCUCUGCUUCAACCACACCAGCUUGUUAAUCAGGAUAUCAAGCUUGACAAUCUAGAGACUAGCCAUUUUGUACUUGUUCAUGGUGGUGGUUUUGGUGCCUGGUGCUGGUAUAAAACUAUUGCACUUCUAGAAGAAGGUGGAUACAAAGUUACAGCAGUGGAUUUGACCGGUUCAGGGAUUCAUUCGUUUGACACAAAUAGCAUCACAAGUCUUUCCCAAUAUGUGAAGCCAUUGACUGAGUUUUUGGAAAAGCUCACUGAUGGAGAGAAGGUAAUUUUAGUAGGACAUGAUUUUGGCGGGGCAUGUAUAUCAUAUGCUUUGGAGCUGUUUCCAUCUAAAGUUUCAAAAGCUGUUUUUCUUGCUGCGGCUAUGUUGACAAGUGGACAAAGUGCCCUUGAUAUGUUCUCUGAGAAGGUGGAACCAAAUGACUUGAUGCGCCAGGCUCAGGUUUUUAUUUAUGCCAAUGGGAACAACCAGUCCCCAACUGCUAUUGAUUUUGACAAAUCCCUCCUGAGGGACUUGCUAUUCAACCAGAGCCCUGCCAAGGAUGUUGCAUUGGCAUCCGUCUCAAUGAGGCCAAUACCAUUUUCGCCGGUUCUGGAGAAGCUCUCUCUUUCUGAAGCGAACCAUGGGUCUGUAAGAAGGUUUUAUAUUGAAACUUUAGAAGACAAUGCUAUACCCGUUGCUGUGCAGGAAUGUAUGAUAAACAAAAAUCCUCCAGAGCAGGUCUUCCGUCUUAAAGGUGCUGAUCACUCACCAUUUUUCUCAAAGCCUCAAGCCUUGCAUAAAGUAUUAGUGGAAAUAUCGAAGAUUCCAUAAUUUUUGUUAGACAAAUCCUUUUCCAAGUGCCUUGUUAUUCCACAGUUCCGCUGACAUAUUGGAAGAUUAAGGUAGACAUUUUCUGCAUCCUGAGUUUUAACUUACAUCAGAGAUGCUGUUGCAGGUGAUUGGCAUUUAUUGAGAUGAGACGCAAAAAUUUUACGCUUUUCAUGAAGUUUAAUAUUUCUUGUUAUUUAGAUGCUCAACGCUCAUAUCAGGCAGCCGUUUGAUCAAUUCUGAAACUCAUCGAUUAAGGUGUGAUUUGUAUCUUCAAGUGUAUUGUUGGUCAUUUAGUUGUCUUGCAAAUUUACAGCAUUGA